UGACAGUUGACAGUUCGUUCAGUCAAAAUAAAAUUGGUUCUUGGGAGUGUUUAUUUUUAUUUAAAUAAAUCCAAAAACAUCCCCUUCAGGAAUUAAUAAUUUCGAAACAAACACAUAAAAUCAAAUAAAAUGACUGCUCCUGCUGCCGGUGGAGAUGCCAGAGGAAGAACUCUUGCUUACAAAGACAAAAGUAAACCCGCCGAUGUCCGAACUAGUAAUAUUAACGCCGCAAAAGCUGUUUGCGAUGCUAUUCGUACAAGUCUUGGACCCAGGGGAAUGGAUAAAAUGAUACAAGCUGGUAAUGGUGAAGUGACAAUAACAAACGAUGGAGCUACUAUUUUAAAGCAAAUCAAUGUUAUACAUCCUGCUGCUAAAAUGUUGGUCGAACUUUCAAGAGCUCAAGACAUUGAAGCUGGUGACGGUACCACCUCAGUCGUAGUAAUUGCCGGUGCCCUUUUGGACGCUGCUGAAAAAUUGUUGCACAGAGGAAUCCACCCAACUGCCAUUUCAGAAUCUUUCCAAAGAGCAGCUCUUUUAGCAGUAGAAAUAUUGAAUGGUAUUUCUACACCAAUAGAAAUUACAAAUAGGGAAUUGUUAAUCAAAAGUGCUUCUACUUCCUUAAAUUCUAAAGUUGUAUCACAGCAUUCUAGUCUAUUGGGACCGUUAGCUGUUGAUGCAGUACUCAAAAUUGUUGAACCUGGCCACGAAGAAGCUUGCAACUUAGAAGACAUAAAAGUAAUCAAACAAUUAGGAGGAACGGUCGAAGACACUGAAUUAGUUGAAGGAAUCGUCUUCUCGCAAAGAUCCGCAAACGUAUCUGGCCCAAAAAGAAUCGAAAAGGCCAAAAUCGGUUUAAUACAAUUCUGCAUUUCACCACCAAAAACCGACAUGGACCAUAACGUCAUAAUAUCCGAUUACGCCGCGAUGGAUAGAGUUUUGAAAGAGGAGAGAGCUUACAUUUUGAAUAUAGUCAAGCAGAUUAAGAAAGCUGGAUGUAAUGUUCUUUUGGUUCAAAAGUCAAUUCUCAGAGACGCCGUUUCAGAUCUAGCCCUCCACUUUUUGGACAAAAUCAAAUGCAUGGUCGUCAAGGAUAUCGAACGGGAGGACAUCGAAUUCGUAUGCAAAUCGUUGGGUUGUCGCCCCAUCGCUUCUUUGGAUCAUUUUACGACCGAAAAUUUGGUCGGCGCCGAUUUAGUCGAAGAGGUAGGCGUAGGCGGUAACAGAAUGGUUAAAAUUACAGGUGCUCAGAACGCGGGCCGUACUGUAACCUUGCUGGUUCGAGGCUCGAAUAAAUUGGUUCUGGAAGAGGCCGAAAGAUCUUUGCACGACGCUCUUUGCGUCAUUCGUUGUCUCGUUCGCAAGAAAGCGCUUAUCGCUGGCGGGGGUGCUCCGGAGAUCGAAGUGGCGCUUAAAUUGGCUGCUUUGGCGAAUAAGUUGGAUGGUAUCGACGCUAUAUGUACUAGAGCGUACGCCAAUGCUUUGGAAAUUAUUCCGUUUACGUUGGCUGAGAAUGCUGGGUUGAAUCCUAUUCAGACGGUUACCGAAUUGAGAAACAGACACGCCAAAGGAGAGACUUCUGCCGGCAUUAACGUACGCAAAGGCGCCAUCACGGACAUACUCGAAGAAAACGUCGUCCAACCGCUUUUCGUUAGCACUUCGGCACUGAGUUUCGCCACCGAAACCGUCAGAUCCAUAUUGAAGAUUGAUGAUAUUAUUUUGGAUAACACAAAGACCCCAAAUAGACAUUAUUAGAGCUGAAAUUAAAAAAAAAAGAUCCUUGAACUUUGCAAUUAAAAUCCUUGGUGAACACAGUGACAUAAAGCUCGACGCCAAGCCAAUGUGUUAUUUAACAGUUCAAUUUACGUUUUAGCUUUAUAUUUCACACAUUUCUCAUACGUCUCAUUGAAGUAAUUAUUUAAUAAAUUUUAAC